AGUAGAGAAAUCGGUUUCAGUAGCAAUGAAGAAGCGCAGGGUCGUGAUUCCGACAACGUGCUAAUUGUAAGAGUGCCAGUUGAAAUCAAAGCACAGUUAUCGCUGGUCGGUAGAUCUACUCCGGAACAGCUUGAUUAUUCGAUCCGAAACAGAACUGCCGGAGCAGAAGCAAUUUUCGAUUCUGAAAUUGGCCCGGUUGUUAGUCAUUUAUAUCAGGUAAGCAUUCAUGGUGCAUCGCUGGAUAUCAUCUGGCCAAGUUUCGCUGAAAACGGGAGGCAUCUGCUGUACUUGAUUGAUGAACCACAAGUGAAUGAUGCGAGCAAAGUGAAAUGCCGUGUGAAACAGGCGCAAAAUGUGAAUCCGGAUAGUUUAACGCACAUCCCAACCCCAUCAGCGAUAAUCUAUGACGAGCGGAUGCCUAUGCAACCUUAUGAACGCGAUGGGCAAGUCCGCGAGCAGUACGACGACUUAAAAAUGAAGCAGCGGCGGAUCCGAGCUCGAUCUACCCAUAUCAUUCAACGCUUGGGUACCGCAAAGCCACAACAGCAAAUGAUCAUCGACGAGCGUAGAGCUCGAGCCAUUCAGACAAAAACUGACAUGAAACAAGCCGUUAAAAUGGCAAAGGCUGCCGGAAGAGCUAUUGAAUACAAAGGACCACUGAGUAGAGCUACCGUGGUAAGUUCCUUUAUUAUUACUAUUAUUAACAUUAUUAUUACUCUCAUUAUUAUUGCUAUUAUGCAGUAA